AUGGUAGUUACUACUAAUGGCACAAGAAAAAAAGCAUUAGAAAAACUUCCAGACCUAAGACUAUGUAUCAGAGACAUAAUAAUACCUACUAAUUUUCAAUUGUUCCUCUGGUACCUAGAUAAAUAUAUAGAGGUAUCAAUAUAUCAAGCAAGAGAAGACCAGCUUGAAAUACCUUCUAAAAUUAGCAGUAAUGAUG